ACAAUGUAACUCUAAUUCCUCUUUAUAAAUAAGCAAAGCCUUAAGUAUACCGAACAAGCAUACAAAACAAUCUAUUUACUAGUCACUUGAGCUUUUGCAAUUGAUUAGUUCAGACAACCAAUAAGCUAGCUGGGCUAAAAUUAGGAUAUGGAUUUAUUUUUAAACAACCAAGGUCAUUGCCUGAGCAGACGAUUUUUUGAUUGGUCAAUUCUGAGAAAACAGACACAGCCAUAUAUGGCCAUUUAGUUAAGUAUAAUUAAAAAUUGCAGUUCAAGCUAACUUAUUCCCACAUUUGACGACAAGAUGGCUGAGGAUGAGGUUGCCGCCCUUGUUAUCGACAAUGGAUCUGGUAUGUGCAAAGCUGGAUUCGCUGGUGAUGAUGCUCCUAGAGCCGUCUUCCCUUCCAUCGUUGGAAGACCCAGACAUCAAGGAGUGAUGGUGGGAAUGGGUCAGAAAGAUAGCUAUGUUGGAGACGAAGCCCAGUCGAAACGUGGUAUCUUGACUCUGAAGUAUCCUAUUGAACAUGGUAUUGUGACGAACUGGGAUGAUAUGGAGAAGAUUUGGCAUCAUACAUUCUACAAUGAAUUGAGAGUUGCUCCUGAAGAACAUCCAGUAUUGCUGACGGAAGCCCCACUGAAUCCGAAAGCGAACCGUGAGAAGAUGACUCAGAUUAUGUUUGAAACUUUCAAUGCUCCAGCUAUGUAUGUGGCGAUUCAAGCUGUUUUGUCAUUGUAUGCAUCUGGUCGUACAACAGGUAUUGUGUUGGACUCAGGUGAUGGUGUUACACACACCGUUCCUAUUUACGAGGGUUAUGCACUUCCUCAUGCCAUCCUCCGUCUGGAUCUUGCCGGUAGAGAUCUUACUGACCAUCUAAUGAAGAUCCUCACUGAGCGAGGCUACAGCUUCACUACAACUGCUGAACGUGAAAUAGUUCGUGAUAUCAAGGAGAAGCUGUGUUAUGUUGCUUUGGAUUUCGAGCAGGAGAUGGCGACAGCAGCGUCCAGUUCUACAUUGGAGAAGAGCUAUGAGCUUCCUGAUGGUCAAGUUAUUACUAUUGGUAAUGAACGAUUCAGGUGUCCAGAAGCUCUUUUCCAACCUAGUUUCUUGGGUAUGGAAUCUGCUGGUAUUCAUGAGACAACAUACAAUUCCAUUAUGAAGUGUGAUGUGGAUAUCCGAAAGGAUCUGUACGCAAAUACGGUGUUGUCUGGUGGUAGUACAAUGUACCCUGGUAUUGCUGAUCGUAUGCAGAAGGAGAUUGGUGCUCUCGCUCCAAGCACAAUGAAGAUCAAGAUUGUUGCACCACCUGAGAGGAAGUACUCAGUUUGGAUUGGUGGUUCUAUUUUGGCUUCCUUGUCAACAUUCCAACAGAUGUGGAUUUCCAAACAAGAGUAUGAUGAGUCUGGACCCGGAAUUGUUCAUCGCAAGUGUUUCUAA